GUCGUAGACACAAAUGCGACUAUCCACGUUGCAGAAGGUGUAUGAGCAUGGGAAGGGCGCCGGCGGAUAGGGAUUUCUUGGACUGCUGCGAACACUGGAUUGUGUGAUCGUCUACCAAACUUCACCACGAACAGCCUGCACACCCACGCGCCGCCCGACACACGAUACGCGCAGUAGAGGAGGCAGGAUAGAAUGGCACCUUAUCCUGCCAACAACUUCUAUGAUCCUGUUGGGAGCCAGUCGAAUCAGCCGUCCGGAUACACCUACGCCAACGCGAACAACAAUCAAUACGCGAGCCAGAACUCGGCAUAUCAGAGCAACUCAUACACGCACAACUAUGGCUCUGGCUAUGACAACCAAUAUGCGACUACGGGACAGCAGGCGCAGUCGAGCGCAAAUACAGAUACAGCAGCUGCCGGUCUGAGCUCCCUCAGUAGCCACACGUACUCGCAGCCAGCGGCGAGUAACACCUCUCGCAGCAACGUCGCAUACGACACAUCCAACUCGACAUGGGGAACUCCAAAUUACGCAUCGAAUACGUACAGUUCCGCGACCAGUCGGACUACAGCGAACCAGUCGCCAAUCUAUGCUACUCAGUCCUCUGGUAGCACCUUUGGUCGAUCGAGUCUGCCAGACCAGUCGCACUCCAGUUCCAACUCAUUCGCUGCCUCCCAGAACUAUCAGACUGCGUCGACAACGCCGGCCGCGCCAAGUAGUGGAAGUGGAAGUGGUAGUCGUUCUUAUAAAAAUGCCCCUAACAGUGCAGGAUACAAGAGCAGUUACCAGCCUCCAUCCCAGCAGACUCAGCAACCGCCGCCACGGUAUGCUAGUCCUCUACACGCGAUGCAAGCUCAGCAGCAUCAGCAGCAUCAGCAACACCCUGGUCACAGCAAGCAGCCCUCGCAGACUUCGAACCAGAUGCAGCCAUCACCACGAGUAGCAGCUCAAAACAUGCAGCAACAACGUCAACAGAGCGUGUCGGUCGAGCCAAUGCCCACCACUGUCGAUCCGUCUCAGGUUUACGAUAUACGCGCUGAGCGCGAAAAGGCUGCCCGGAUAGAGGCAGAGAGGCGGCGAAAGGUUGAAGCCGAGCAGGCAGCUAGAAAGGCCGAGGAAGAUGCGAGACAAGCCGAAGAGGAUGCGCGAAAAGCGGAGGAAGAGAGAAUAGAGGCGGAGGCUCGUAAGGCCGAAGAAGAUGCACGCAAGGCAAGAGAGGCGGAAGCGAAGAAGAAGGCCACAGCGGAGCGGAAGAAAGAGGCUAGGCGGAAGGCAAACGAAGAGAAACAGAGUAAAACUGCUGCGACUGCUCUGCAGCAGAUGGCCGCAGGGAGUAGUGGCGGCGGUGGUGGUGGUGGUGGUGGUGGUGGUGGUGGCGGAAGCAUGGAAUCCAUGGCUGCAAUGAUGGGCAACAUGUCAGGACCGCCGGCCAACGAUGAGGAAGCAGAGAUGCGCGCAAUGUUUAAGAAGAUGCGCGAGUUCAAUCAGAAGAACCCAGCCAUGCUUGCCAAGUUGUGGGAAGAAGAGCGUAAGCAGCAUGCCGCUCAAGCGCCGCCUGGCACUGCGCCGCCUGCGCAACCGGUACAGACAGGACUACAGCCUCCGGCGCCGAAAUUGACCAAGAACCAGGAUAAAGCUGCCGCCACGGCGCCGACUCUUGCUCCACCUACCGUCCCUCCUCCUGCGCAGCCAACAGUCCCAAUUAGCCGACCAAAUAUUGCAUUACCUACAAAGAACGCGCAGGCACCGCUCUCGACUUCGUCACAAGGGGCUAGUUCCUUAUGGCCACCGCACAAGAAAGGCAGUCUAGCUGAAGCUGCGGCCAGGUGGCUUACUACAUUGCCGGAAAAUGUUGACAGUGGCAAGACAAUUAGUACCGAACAGGUCAUUAAGAUCCUUGAUACCAAUCCUUCGUACGUUCAAUUGUGCGAAGCUGUCGAGAAGAACGGCAUUCGUUUUGAACGAUCUGCUCUGGCCAAGCAGCUACUGAAGGCUGUGCCCGACGACUUGCGAGGUAGCCAAAGUGGUGUAAAAAGCGGCGCAAAUGCUGCACCAGUAACAGCUGCCAAUGGCACCGAAACUCUUUUUAAUGGAGCUGGCACGCCUGCAUCAGCGCCACCAAGGAAGAGAGGCCGACCACGUGGACGGUUUUUGCCUCCGGAAGAUAGGGGAUCUUCAAGCAUAGUCUCAUAUUCUACACCUUCCUUCACAUCGCCUACGGAUGCAGCAAAAGGGUUGAACUCGAUCAACACGGGGGGUGGCGUUUUCCCGGGGUCUGUCUCCGGAACUAUCAGUACCGGAUUCACAUCACAGUCGGCGACUCAAGAUCCAACCCUCUACCAUGCGGACCCCAUGAUCAUCGACGAUCACCCACGACCUUCAGGCUCCCAGCCACCAGCGCUCAAGCCAGAAGAGAAGCCUCCAGAACUACCCCCUCCACCACCAAAGGACAAGGAAGAAGCUGCUCGCAAGCGUGGCUUUGGCGACUUGAUAGAUUUGACUGCAGAUGACGAUUCGGACGACGAACCGCCACCAAAGAAAGUCAUUUUGCCUUCUAAUGCUGCCCCAUUCAGUGUCAAGCCAGUACCGUCUAAUGACGGGUUUCGGCAGCCCAUUCCGUAUCAACAGUUCGUCUCGCAGAAGUCUCAUCCAUCGCCUGGGUUUCCACAAAACGCCGUGCCCGCAAGAGAUCUGUUUCCGCAACAGACGUGGAAUAGACCUCAGAUGCAGCCACCUGCGCCGGUACAUCCUCCCCAGAUUCGUCCAAAAGGUCCAUCUGAGGAGCAAAAGCAGGCAGAGCGGAUUCGAGGCAAAAUGUUGGUCGAACCCAUUAUGCGGGAUCGUGUUGCGCGCAAGUCAAAAUACGAUAGCAGAACCAUCGCCCGAGACGUCUUGCUGGCCACAAAUCGCCAUCCCGACAUGCGCCCGCUCAAUGGUCAUCUCAAUAUUAUGCAAAAGUUGCUAGGCGAUCGUGGAGGUGUGAUUGACGGUGCUGGCAACAAGAGCGAUUUGGCAACCAUACGCUGGGAUCUCAUCGAUCCAGGAGAACCGAAUGAGGAGGCGAAGUUGAAGUCCAAGAAAUCUGAAGAGGUCGACGACGAGAGUGAUGCAGACUCACACGCAAAACUCAGAUCUAGCACAACCGAACGACCAGGUGAGCUUCGGAAUUCCGACCGAAAGCAGGAUGGUCUACCUCGGCAAGUGCCGAAAGCGGACCGCGACUCCGCUCGCGACGCGUCUCCAAACAUUCUUGCCAAUGAACAUCCAAAACUUACAUCUGACUUACGAUCUCGCGCCUCACGUGGAUCAUCGGUCGCUCGUCGUGAAUCUGCUGCUUCAAUUCACACUCCCAGAGCUAUUGUCCGCAGGCAGAAGAAGCCCUCCAGCAUGUCGAAAAGUGCGUCCAGCACGCCUGUCGUUACCGGCACGCCAACCGGGUAUGCCGCUUUCCGCCCACUCGACGAAAAUGGCAAUCCCAUCAAGAAGAAGGGACGACCUGUUGGCUGGCGGAAAUCGGUACAUUCUCGCGAAGCGCAAGGCCUGACUCCGUACGGCGUCGCUGGGCCGAAGACAACGUCGAAACUGAGGCAAUCGACCGGAGUACGAGAGUCUUCUGAGAACGUCAUGCCGCAUUACCAGGUCUAUCCGUGCAAGUGGAAAGGGUGCAACUCUGAGCUCGACAAUCUUGAAAAACUGAAGAAGCAUAUUCUCAAGCUCCACGGCGAGGCGAACUCUGAAGGCGACUACGAAUGCAGCUGGGGAGACUGCGGCACUGGCGAUCACAUUGACGCAAACAACAACAUCCGCCCAGGCGAUGAAGGCGUCACCAGCUUCGAAACACUCGAUCACUGGUUCAAGCACGUCAACAAGGCACACAUUCAGGCAAUCGCGUGGAAAUUGGGCGAUGGACCACGAGGUGGCAGUGUGGCAGGUGAGCAAGAAUAAGACGACUAGACAAUUCCUGUGCUGCAAUUUGCUGCCAUAUCCCACAAGCGUUGCGCGAUGUAUCAUGCUUCCGACUUUAUUUUGCUCCACGAUUUACACCACACUACUUCAUUCGUGAUCUUAUUUUCGAGCCAGUAAAGACUGACGCUCGCGUGACAGAAAUCCGCGACGAUAGUGCUGCCUAUCUGAGCGACGCUUCAGGCAGAAGUGUCACGCCAAUCAUACUAACGCCACAGGAGCUUGCAAAGCAGAAAGCAGAUGCGACUGCGGGGGGUGCUGACGAUGACAUGGAUGAUGUGGUCCGCACAGUCAUGACAGCUGUGGCCCCAGCCGCCCUCAAGCGUGGCGCUGAACGACGUCUCACGAGCCGAGAAGCCUUGGGGCUGCAGUCUACGGGUCUGGACAAGAAUGAGCGUGAAGCUGCAGCUGAACUGAAGAAGCUCAAGGACCAGAAACGUCACGAGGGAGUGACUAUGGGUCUCGAAGGCAGUAGGUUGGCGAACGCCAAACGGAGACGUGGGUUCCUCGAUGACGAGGACUUUGAAGAUUUCAUUGAGGACAGCGAGCCGGAAUUCUAAAAGAUUUGGAGAUUUGACAAAAAGCGGACAUGACGGUUGUGCGAGAGAAGGUCGGUGUGAUGCAGCAGCAGCGAGUGAAGAUGGCAUGUCUCAGGACGAGCAUUGGUACAAGCCGUGCGAAAAUCAUAUUUUGGUACAGUAUGACAUGAUAUCAAUGUGAAUCCACCUUUUAGUCUUGCAAUAUGAGCCUCUCUUGACAUGCCGCUUGAUCCCAUAGGUAUCUCAGGUAGCCUUGAAUUUCCCUUUGCCAUGUGCUCCAGUCUGAGCGCAUACAUAUCCAUGCCUUUCUCACUUGCGCAUCAUGUAGAUGUAGAAGACCGGGCAAGCUCAUGUCCUUGUUGAAGAUAACAGCUCGUCGGGCUGUAUGUCCCCAUACGUACAGAAACAGCUCACACUCAUCAUUCUCCCGACCCCUCCCACGAAAGCCUCGACUUUGUCCAUGACAUAUCCUCCUCCUCUUCUUCGUCUCCUUCUCCUCACAAUCCCCACCAGCACACGUACCCUACCCUAACCCAACCUCAAGCUCAAGCUCAAAAGAAAAAAGACAAUAUCCCCAUACCAACCAUCUAUCUCCCCUUCAAACUCCCCACAUUCCCCCCUCCCACAACAUCUUUGGAAUUAUCGAAUGUACUCAGCGGCGAUGAGCCUUGUUUUGUUGUCGCUGUCGUUGUAGUUGUUUUUGUGUUGCUGGUGGUCGUAUGGUGAUCAUGCUCAUCACUGUUGAUUUCGAGAAAAUGAUAGAGGAUGAUCAUGAGCAUUGCUGCGGAGCCGAGGAGGAGGGCGAGGGAGUAGAGGGAGGCGUCGGAGAUCAUUUUUUUGUUUUUGUCUGUUUUCUGGGUUUUGGGGAGGGGUGAGGGUUGAGGUGGUUGAUGCGGAGGUG